AUGAAUAAGGUUGGCCCAAUACUCCGCCGAGUGGCUAUAAGGCGAUCAAGAGCUGUCUUGCUAUUAUUUAUCCUUCUAGUGAUCCAUAUUUUUAUCGCAUCUUAUGUGCAUGACACUCCUAUCAAACAAUAUAUUGCUGAUAAUGUACCGAUCCCACAGCUAAAACAACUACUACUAACAAACGAGUCUGUACGAAAUGGUACUGAGUUUGAUACUACAGUACUUGAGUACAUACAGAAGCAAAAAGACAUCAGCACAAAUAUACCUGCGAGGAUAGAUGAUAAAACUAAAGAGCAGAUUGAGGUGACAAAACAAGUAUUGGAGGGAACCACAUAUACUACUGAUGACUCGUUUAAUAUAAUCACCAUCCCACCGAAAGAACAAAUACCAGCAUUUCUGAAAUAUGACCCUAGGUAUACAUUUGGCAUGUUGCUAAGGUAUAUCAAUGCUAAUGUUGAUAGUCAAGAGGUGGAGCAGCUGCUGCAAAAGUUAACAAUACCUGCUUUUCACUGGGCCGACUACGUUGACAUGUCAGCGUUGGAGAAAUACCUAUUCAAUCCAGAAAAAGAGCCUUGUUCAUACUUUGACACCACCGUUAGGAAUCCAAAGAAGAAUGAACGUGAACACUUUUUCAAACCUGAGACAUAUUGUGUGAGUGAUGAUGACAUUGAUAGAAUUUUAAAAGACCCUGAAGCGCAAGCAAGGUACACUCCAGAUAUUAUUACAGCUUUCCAAAGAAUACAACGCGAACAAGAAUCAUUACCUUCAUUAACCACUGGGUUCCAUAUAUUCAAUCCAGCUGGGAGGAAUAUGCGUUCAAAGCGACCAGUCUUAUCUCGAUCUUAUUUAUACGACUUUAUGCAAGUACCGUUGACAGUUACAUUCCUAUUACCAGGAGAGAAAUCACUACAGUUGAAUGUCAACCAAGCACAACAUACAAAAUUAAAAGACUCAAAUAUAUAUCAGCAGGGUGAAAUUAAUGUCAAAGACGAAAUUACUUUAUUGGCUAACAAGUUGACAAAGACUGGCGGGGACCUAUUUCCUGAGAAACAUCUCACUCAUGAGCAAUUUAUUGAUUCAAGCGCCAAAAAUGCUGCAUCAUUGGAGUCACUGAGAACUCAGCUCAACCAAACUGACCAGAAUUACCUUCAAGCACUCAAAACAUCACUUGGGGAGCAAGAUCCAUGGAAAUAUUUUAAUGAAGCAUACAUUUUGAGAAGGGAAGCAAAUUUCGCUCUUGGGAGUCAUUAUGACUGGAGAUUUAUGAAUGGGAUAGUCAAUGGAACGCCGAAGCAAGGCAUAUCCAUUAAUGGGUUACUCAAGGCAUUUCUCAGACUAACAAACCAGUACAAUAUAAAUACUUGGAUCGCCCAUGGAUCAUUACUUUCUUGGUAUUGGAAUGGGUUGCAAUUUCCAUGGGAUGCUGAUAUUGAUGUUCAGAUGCCCAUCCUGGACUUACACAGAUUUACCCAAUUAUUUAAUCAAACUGUUGUUUUUGAUUUUGGUACUGACUUGAAUCAAGAAACAAGGUUUGGACGAUACUUUUUGGACUCGUCAACGUUUAUUUCGCAUAGAUCAAGAGGAAACGGAAAAAACAAUAUUGAUGCCAGGUUCAUUGACAUGGAUACUGGAUUGUAUAUUGACAUCACGGGCUUGGCCAUCUCAGAUAUGCCAACUCCCCGAAGAUACAAUUUUCUUUUAACCAAGACAAAAUACGCCAGUAAAGAGAAUGACAACUCGAUCAACCCCAUUGAAAAGAAUAAUUUUUUGCAAAUUUACAAUUGCCGUAAUGCCCAUUUUUCAAAAUUACAAGAAAUUAGUCCGCUUCGAUUGAACUUGGUCCAAGGUGAGUUUGGUUACGUUCCUUACGAUUUUGAAGGUAUGUUGCAUGCCGAAUACCGUGCCAAGGGAACUUCAAGUACAUUCUUUGCCGGCCAUGUCUUUUUGCCUAAAUUGCGAAUUUGGGUCGAUAAGAAUUCAGUGUUACGAUUUGUCACCAAUGGCGGUAAAAAUGAUGGCCAAGGUCGAAUGCAGAGGAUCACGCAAGGUGAUGCCAAUAUAAUAACGGUUACAUUGACUGAUGAUGAGUAUAUUGAAUAUUUAUAUCAAAAUAAGCCAGUGUUGCGUGACUUUAUUGCCACUCAUCAAAUCACAUUGUUGCACACGUUGGAAUUACGCAAACUCGUAACGAGUAAGUCGUCAUUACGGAAAUUUCUAAAAGAAAAUGCUGGCAUUUAUGGGUUUGGUGAUGUUGAUGUUGAUGCCAAAUUGACUGAGCCUAAACAAGCCAGUUUGCAAUUGGAUUUUUUUGUGAAUCAAGUUAGAAAUGCAGAAAUGGGAUAUAAUUUUAAUGAUGAGUUGAAGAAGUUAAACGACAAGAUUCAACAGAAUGAAGCGGAUUAUCAGAAGCGAUUGAAUCCUGGUAUGGUUGAGAAAUUUAAAAAAGAGCUUUGGGCGGAAAAGAAAGAGAAGGAGGAGGAAAAUGAAGAUAAAGGGCAAAAAGGGAGAAAGAAAACAAAAAGGGCUACAAAAUAG